ACCGCGCUGCGAGAUCAGCUGAUGGGUUCCGGCCCUGCCGUGGGCGUGGUCAGGCGUUGCAGAAGCAGCAGGAAACCAUGAGGUUCCGGUUCUGCGGAAACUUGGACUGUCCUGACUGGGUCCUGGCCGAAAUCAGCACCUUGGCCAAAAUAUCCUCGGUGAAGCUGAAGCUCAUCUGUGGCCAGGUGCUCAAGGACCUGCAAGGAGAGGGGAUUGAUUAUGAAAAGAUCCUGAAGCUAACGUCGGAUGCCAGGUUUGAGUCCGGGGACGUGAAGGCCACUAUUGCCGUGCUCAGCUUCAUCCUCUCCAGUGCAGCCAAACACAGUGUAGACAGCGACUCUCUGUCCAGUGAGCUGCAACAGCUGGGGCUGCCCAAAGAACAUGCCACAGGAUUGUGCCGGUCCUAUGAGGAGAAACAGAGCCCCCUGCAGGACAGCCUGAGGACACACAGCCUGAGAUUGAACCAUCUGGACUCUGUGUCCUGGAGGGUGGAUCAGACGCUCAGCUCCAGUGAGCUCCAGCAGGUCAAUGAGCCCCUUGUGCACCUAAAGUUCACCGUGCGAGACGGGGACCGAGGCGUGAUGGAGCCCUUUGCCAUGAGCAUGUCGGCAGAGAAGUUCCGGGUCUUACUGGCAGAGCUGAGACAGGCCCACGCCAUGAUGAAAACUCUCAGCUGAGGAGCCAGGACGACGGCAGCGAGUGUGGAAGGAGCUGGCCAAUUGUGCUGCGGCCCAUUGGAGAGUCUGGAGGGUGCGGUUCCUCCGCUGGGGAAGCCCCUUGCUGCAUACAGCUGCAGACACCGCCUGGGCAGAGGUUGGACUGGGCUCUCUCCUCCUUUCUCAGACCUCUGCAGCUGAAACUGUCGACUGCUCUUCCCACUCUUCCUGGCUACUGUCCCCCCUGCACCCCAUGCAGCUCUCUUGCUGUGAAGCCUCCUGCCUGCCCCUCCUCCAUCCUGCCCACAAGCCCUUGUGCUUCCAGGAGCCCCACCCCAGGAUCCGUCCCCAGAGCAAUGGUGGAUGGGAGCUUGGUAGCUUCUGCAUCUGCUAACGAGAUCUCCACCUUGAGACCAGCUUCAGCUCGGAGUUCCCAUAACAAAGGCAUCCAAACCCAUGGGCCGUGCUACCAUGUAACAGACACGCCUCCGGAGAACACCAGGCCUGCCAGCUAGAGGCUGCUUUAACAGUGAGAGGCCCUGACAUCUCUUGCCCAGCCCUUUGUUGGUGACACUGUUCCUGAACAGCUGCAGGGAGCUGAUCUGUCUUGCUUCUGCCUGAAUUGUCUCCUGUGCCUACUCCGGGGCAGGCACUUGGGCUCCCAUGUCUCUUCUGGAGACUAGCGUGCAGCAGCCCACCAAAUGCUGCGGCUAGGCCAGCUCCACAUCAUGCGCUGACUGAACUCCUGCAGCAAUCCAGGAUGCCUGUGGCUGGGGCGACUCUGCCAGUCGUACAUAAGAGGUUGGAAAGUUUCAUCAGCCGAAGCGUGAUGGAGUGUUCGCUAGUCCCUUCUUGCUUCCCCGCCUCCCUCCCUUAAAAAGCACUUUGUCUCUGUUCUUUCCACUUCCUUUAAAGGAGCCGCCAACCUGGGGGAUAAAUGCAGCUUUUCUGUCUUUCCUUCCCCCCCAUGCUCCUGCCACCUUUUCCAGGGCAGCUCCGUGCAUGGAAUAAAGGAUCAGCAGGAAUGUGCAUCUGGGAAUCUCUCUUGCAUUUCCGGUUGGCCUUGGCACAUGAAGCCAGUUAUUUGGGAUGUUUCCUGUUUUGCCAGCGGGAUCCAAUAAAGCCAGUGGAGCAUUUUGAA